AUGGAGGGAAAUCCCGUUCUACUAUUUGGCGGUGUGUUGGCAGUGCUGUUGUGUCUACUGAUACGAAAUGCAUUUGUGUAUGGUCACCGCACAGCACAUAUGCCCAAUGGACCGCCCACUUUGCCAUUCAUUGGAAAUGCACAUUUGAUUCCUGGUGCCUAUACACACAUUCGUUUUACUGAGUGGAGCAAGAAAUAUGGGAAACUGUUCAUGCUCAAGGUUGGCAACGCCAAUAUGGCAGUAAUAACCGAUCGUCGUCUAGUGAAGGAGGUUGUCGAUCGGAAGAGCGCCAUUUACAGCCACAGACCUCACUCAUAUGUCUCUCACGAGCUCAUAACUAGGGGUAACCAUCUCUUAGUCAUGCACUAUGGGAACAAAUGGCGCACAUUUCGGCGAUUAGUUCACCAGCAUUUGAUGGAGUCCAUGGUAGACAGUCAACAUCUCGAUAUCGUUAACGCUGAAGCCAUCCAGAUGGUCAGAGACUAUCUCCUGAAGCCAAAAGAUCAUAUGCUACAUCCAAAACGAUACAGCAAUAGUAUCACCAACUCGAUUGUCUAUGGUAUUCGCACACCCGACGAACAGAGCAACAAUAUGCAGCGUUUGUACAAGCUCAUGGAAGAGUGGUCUCAAAUCAUGGAACAGGGUGCAACUCCCCCGGUGGAUCUCUUCCCGUUCCUAAAGCUUCUACCUGAGCGUUUCUUUGGAAACUACGUUACACGAGCCCGUGGCAUUGGCAGCCAGAUGGAGAAUCUGUAUACGGACAUACUUCACCAGGUCGAAAAGCGUCGCGAGAGCGGCCAAAAUCUAGACUCGUUCAUGGACCGAGUACUUGACAGUCAAGGAAAGAAUGAACUGUCUCAACAUCAGCUAAAGUUCAUUGGUGGAGUUCUAAUGGAAGGCGGCUCAGAUACAAGUUCGAGUUUGACUCUGGCUAUCAUUCAAGCUCUUGUCCUGAACCCCGAAAUCCAGCGCAAAGCCCACGCAGAGAUUGACCGAGUAGUGGGUCACGGUCGCUCUCCAGUCUGGGACGACAUGAAGAACCUACCUUACAUUAACAUGAUUGUGAAGGAAGGCCAUCGAUGGCGACCUAUCCUUCCUCUCUGCUUCCCACACGCUCUUGAUGAUUGGGUAGAUGGAAAAUUCCUCCCCAAAGGAACAAUAGUUGUCAUCAACACGUGGGGCAUUCACAUGGACCCACAACAACCGCACGACCCGUCCAAAUUCAUACCAGAGAGGUAUGCAGAGCAUCCACUCCUUGCCCCUGAAUACGUACCUGGAGGCUUUGGAGAACGUGAUCACUACGGAUACGGCGUGGGCCGUAGGAUCUGUCCCGGCAUCCACUUGGCUGAGCGGAAUAUGAUGGUCGGAAUCGCGAAGCUUCUAUGGGCCUUCAAUUUCGAAAGGGGUAGUGGUCCUCUCGAUGACGAUCCAGUCAACGGGUAUCAUCACGGCUUCCUAUAUUGCGCCAAGGAUUAUGCAUGUGAUCCGGUUGUCAGAAGCGAAGAGAUCCGAUCUACCAUUGCGAAAGAGUUUGCAAUUGCGACGACUGAGGUGUUCAGUCGCUUUGGAGAGGGCUAAGUGACUUUGUAGCGCAACUAACUGUUAGCACAACUGCUCCAAACUACCCUGCUUCCUACAGAGCCCAAGCAUCACCCUCUUGUGCGUUA